UGCACCAGAGUCUUCACAGGGUUAAGCUAAUUUCAGCUCAAAUUUCUCUGCUUUCAAAUCCCAAAGUUCUCUUUUUCUUUUUCAAGAAAAUUCAUGUCACCUCUGUCUAUAAAGUGAAAAAAAACCCAACCCCUCAUGUUUUUUUUUUCCUUCUUUUCUUUCUCCUUCAUGUCUUGACUAGUGUCUAGUACUUUGUUCCUUUUAUAUAAUGGUGUCAAAAUCUUGAAAAGCUCAUAAAACUAGUGUUUCCAAUGUCUUGAGUUUCUUGAAAAACAGAAAAGAGUUAAAAAGACAUGAUCUUGGUUGUGUUUUUCUUUUUUGGUUGACAUUUUAAGUUCUUGGUUAAAUGGUGUCAAAAUCUUGAAAAGAUUAUAAAACUACCAUCAAGUGUCUUCCCAAGUUCUUGGAAAAAAAGAGGAUAUAUUUUUUGUUGGUUUUUUUUACUCUUUUAGAGCUUCAUUUUUUGGAUUUUGAAAAGCUCAUAAACCUACCACAAUUUCCUCUCAAUUUAUUGUUUUCUUGAAAAACGAAGUUAAAAAGACUUGGUCUUGGUUGUUUUUUUUGAACAUUUUUAGUUUUUGGUUUGGUAAUUAUCAUACCAUAACUAUCUUCCCAAUUUCUUGAAAAAAGAAGAGUUAAAAAGACUUGAUCUUCGUUUGUUAUUUGACAAUUUUAGUUCUUGGUUUGGUACUUAUAAUACCAUAACUAUCUUCCCAAUUUCUUGGUUUCUUGAAAUAAAAAAGAGACAUGAUUUUGGUUUGUUUUUGACAUUUUAAGUUCUGGGUUAUAAAUGGUGUCAAAAUCUUGAAAAGCUCAUAAAAUUACCAUCAACCGUCUUCCUAUUUUGUUCGAGUUUAAGUGUCUGGUUGAAGCUUCGUGUAGUAGAAGGGUCCAAUUGACAAUCCGAGAUAAGUAUAAGGCUUCCACCAAAAAAGACAUGAUCUUGGUUGCUAUUUAACAUUUUUAGUUCUUGUUUUGGCAAUUGUAAUACCUUUACUGUCUUCCCAAAUUCUUGAAAAAAAACAAGAGUGAAAAAAGACAUGAUUUUGAUUGGUUUUUGACCUUUUUUGGUGUUCUUGAUUUUGGUAUAACAGAAGAAUGGGAGAAGUGGACGGGUGGGGUUGGCCACCAUCACCAAGUGGAUCACCAAUGUACAUAACAAAAGAUGAUCAUUGGACACAUUUUGACAAUUCUGUUAACGCUGUUUCUUUUGGUUUUGUUGCCACUGCCAUUCUUAUUUCUAUGUUCCUUGUCAUGGCUAUUUUUGAGAGGUUUCUCAGGCCCAAUUCACCAGCUUUAUCGACGUCCCGUGGCCGGAAUCUUGGUGACAUUGAGUCUCAGAUGAGCUUCUAUGGAAAACUUGGUCAUCAAACACCUAAAGUGUCAACGAAGGCUCGAGAAGUUUCAGUGUUGAUGCCAGGAGAAGAUGUCCCUACUUUUCUAGCCAAUCCUGCUCCCGUACCCUGUCCUCCUGAACGCAAUCCAUGGCCUCUCCAUCAACAGAAUUCCUUGCCCGGUCUCUUGAACUUGGACUCAAAUGCACAAUCCUAGCUAGCUCAAUUUGAAGGCAAUAAACAUUCAAAAUACCAAAAUGAUGGAGUUCACCAUUUGGUUUUUUGUUCCUCCCCUUGGCUCCUUAAUUUAAUGUACAUAUAGCAUUUAGGUAUUGACUUGUUCAAAGCUUUUCUUAUCUAUUUAAUUGAGCUUGAGGGUUUUUCUGAAACAGUUUUCUACCUUCAUAAAAUGAAAAGUUUGUGUACCUUUUUCA